GUCACACUACCGGAACCAGCCAGACGCCACGUGCCCAUUGGCGCUGAAUAUGAUAUAUACCUAUAUCAAGAUUACCUAUCUAGCUAUCCAGGUGAUUGGAGACACGCGCUUCCAACCGUUCGCGUAUACACAGUACCUCGCUACAGAAGACCAGGGGAAAAUACACAGACAUGGCGUCCGUUGUCAAUGUCCGCAGUCCAGUUAAAAUACAAAACUUUUUCGACUUCCACGCUACAACUUUGGAAGGAGAGAAAAUUAAUUUUUCUACGUACAGAGGGAAGGUGAUUCUGGUGAUGAAUGUCGCCUCUCUCUGAGGCACCACUGUACGGGAUUAUACCCAGAUGAACGAGCUGGUCGAGAAAUUCGGAGACAAGCUUGUUGUCCUGGGUUUCCCGUGCAAUCAAUUCGGACAUCAGGAGAACACCAAGAAUCACGAGAUACUGAAUGCUCUCAAGUAUGUCCGGCCGGGAGAUGGUUUCGUUCCCAAAUUCCCAAUAUUUGAAAAACUCGAGGUGAAUGGGAAGAAUGCAUCGGAGAUAUUCGUGUUCCUGCGCAACCACCUUCCACUACCAAGUGACGACGCCUUCUCCUUCAUGAACUCGUGUAAAAGUAUCAUCUGGGAGCCUGUGAGUAGGACAGACUUGGCCUGGAAUUUCGAGAAGUUUCUGAUCACGCCAGAGGGUAAACCACAUAAAAGAUUCAGUCGUUACUUUCAGACUUGUAACCUCCAGAAUGAAAUAAAAACUUUAAUAGAGAAGUUCAGCGACACGAAAGCAGUUAAAAAGGGACAGUAAAACAUUUAGCUAGAAUAUUAUUAUUUUUAAUGUCACAAGAGUAGGAAGAUCAAUAUUUUAUAUCAUUCCAUGGAUGGUGUUGGUAAAACUCACAGAUUAUUGUAGAAUAGUGGAAUAUCAAUAUCAAACAGGGAGCCGAUUCUGUCCAAAAUAUCCACACAAAAAAUUGCAUGUGGUCUUGCAAGACCUGUAUAGAUAUUUGUAGACGUACGUGGUCUGUGUCCCGGGGGUGGGGUUGGCUGGGCGGGGUGGGGAAUCCUGUAUUAAUGAUCAGCGUACUAUAAAGCCAUUGUGCCGGUACACUGUGAUAGCCCACAGAUCCUCAUUGUGGCCAGUCAACACUACCCUCGGAAAUCUCAAUAAAACACAUAAACCAA